UUCUCUGCGCUUCACUUCGCGCGGGUUGUCCCAGACGCCACUCUACUUUGGUAUGGUGCGACCAACUUUGGCCUUUUGGAUCUUUUUGUUAUUUCUUGCAAAUUAUUGUGAGGUACUUCAUUUUUGGACCAUGGUCACGUGUUAACGCUGGUAUUGAGCAGCUGCAAUCAUCUUUUAAAAAAAACAGCAACGGUGUAACAUCCGUUUACUCCAGGCACUUUCUACUCUGAAGCCAUUUAACUUGCUAAUGUAUCUAGACUAUUUGCAUCACUUGGCACAAGGAAUUGUCUCUUGUGUUCGCUGUGAAAUAGACUUGUGUUUGUGUCACAAGCGAUUGCCAAUUACAAGUGAAUAGUCCGCACCGCAUGUCUCCUCCAUACACUCAAUACACGCACAUUGAAAAACUCACGGCUUAAAAAAAAAAGAAAGAAAUCGCUCACUUGAACUUUAAACGAAAAUUUCCGAGGGACGCUGCCGCAAAAUUAUGGAGAAAAUGUCAGUGUCCAGGCUUUCGUUUCGGAGAAAAGGUAGCUGGAGGCACAAGGAGAAAGAGAAAGUUGAAGAGGAGACGGAGUUUGACUACUCAACCAUGUCCUAUCUUGGGCAAGAAGAGGCCCAACAGAUUGACCAGGAACUCUUUAAUGAAUAUCUAUUUAGUCUUGACCAAUUGAUGGAACUUGCUGGAUACAGUUGUGCUGUAGCAAUAGCUAAAUGCUACCCAGUAGAGUCUCUUAAAAAAGACCAUGCAGCAGUGUUAGUCAUCUGUGGACCUGGCAACAAUGGAGGAGAUGGACUGGUCUGUGCUAGGCAUCUCAAGCUAUUCGGCUAUAAGCCAACUCUCUUCUACCCAAAACAAAACAAUAAACCAUUAUUCAAAGCCUUGGCAUUACAGUGUGAACGCUUGGAUAUCCCUACUCUGUCUUUCUUCCCCACUGACCCUCAGUGUGUAGUGGACAGCUUCAAUUUGGUGGUGGAUGCAAUAUUUGGUUUCAGCUACAAGCCUCCAGCCAAACCAGAGUUUGCUAGCGUUCUACAAAGUCUAAUUCAGAUACAAGAGCGUGUUCCUAUUUGCUCUAUAGAUAUUCCUAGUGGCUGGGAUGUUGAACAAGGAAAUCCUGAAGGUCUACAACCUGACCUACUUAUCUCAUUGACAGCACCUAAACAGUGUGCUACUCAUUUCAAAGGAAAGAGACAUUUUCUUGGAGGCAGGUUUGUUCCCCCAACAUUAGAACAAAAGUAUGGACUACGACUACCACCAUACCCAGGAACAGAUCCAGUUGUAGAGCUCAAACUAACAGAGAGAGAGGAGUCUGCCCAAUCCUAAACAAUAUUGUAGUGAUGGAACAUUUGUUUCUCUUCAAUGUAUUUGUAACUGAUUCAUUUCAAUUACUUCAGCCUCACCUACUUGUCCUAAACCUUUUGUUGUUCCUCUUCAGACUACUAGAGAAGUUGAGAAACUUAGAGAUCACUCGGACUGUAGUGACAAAAUAUUUUAGUUUUCACUUUUGAUGCAUUUAAUAAUUAUGCAAAUUUCUAUUGUACAUAUGGAGCCCUAGAUGUUUUAUUUUUUUUAACUUUGACAUUGGAAAGUUUACUUAGACAUUACUAACAUGAGUUAUGGAUCUUACAAAGAUUAUUAAUGGUGGCAUAAUAAUCCUGCAUGUAUUGGUAACCAGACAGUCAUCAUUGAAGACUUUAAGCAAACUUUAAAGGUACAUUUUCAGUUAGUCAAAGAAAAGAUAGAUAUCAUAGUCACUCAAAACUAAACAUAAAUGUGUUCACAGUCCAACAGAAAAUAAAAUAUUUUAACAACAGAAACCUUAAUGUUAUACAUAAACCUCUUGUAUUAUUAUGCAAUGAAUUCUGUAAAUCUUUGCUGGCAAUAGUCAUUCUUAUUUUUUUCAAAGAGAAUAGGGAAAAAGUAUUUUUAACAUAAUUUUAAUUAUCAGUGUUAAGCUUCUGUGUCCCUAAUUAUGUUGUUGUACAUUCUUUAGGCUAGGUCACCUUAUCUACAACAGAAUCAAGGAAGUUUUAUGAUUCACCAAAAAAAAAAUGUACAGGAUGUGAAACUACAAAUGCUAUGACUGUAACAGUUUUGUUAAGGCCUAUCAGAAUUUCAUAUUAUAUAUCUUACAAGAUAAACAACAAACUUUAAAUUAUCUGUGUUGUUUAUGCUGUAUAAGAUAUGCUGACAUUUUAUAUGCAAAUUAUAAGUUACUUCUUCAAUUUAGGAGAUGCUUUGGCUGAGCAGUAAAGCACUUGGCUUCCAAACUGGAUCUUUGGGUGCCUCUGAGUCCACCCACCUCUAAUGGGUAUUCCACAUUAGUUGGGGAAAGUAAAGGCAAUUUGUCAUUGUGCUGGCCGCAUUACACCCUUGUUAACCGUAGGCCACAGAAACAGAUGACCUUAACAUUAUCUGCCCUAUAGAUGAUAAGGUCUGAAAGGGGAGCUUAGUUGUGUUUUUUUUUUAAUGAAACUUGGUUUUUCUUUUUUGAUAUUUUAAUACUAAAUCUACACUUCUCUUGCCAUUUAGUUAUCAUUUCUUAUGUGUUUUUUUGAAGUCCACCUUUGCUUGACUCCUAGUAAGAAAUAUAUUUUAAAUCUAA